AUGUAUCUCAAUGUAGAUGCGCAAAGCUUCAAUCAAUCCCUCUUCAUACGAGAGUCUCGAGAAUGUGCGGAAGGACAACAGUGGUAUGUUUGCAACGCGAAUGAUUUCCAAGGUUGUUGUUCUGUAGAUGCAUGUUCAGUAUCAGAAUGUCCAGAUUCAAAUACCGCUGCAGUUGGCGCAUCGAGUACUUCAACCACUCCUUCUACCUCUUCUACCUCUUCCUCUGAAUCUGAGUCUCUAUCCACAUCUACAUCUGCUACUUCUGAAUCUGAAUCUACAUCCAUGUCUUCUACUUCUGCUUCUACUACACCAACCACAUCAUCUCAAACUACACAAUCCUCACAAUCAAUUCUACAGACAACUCCGCAGACAACUUCGCAGACACUCUCACCAAGCACCAUCCUCCUAACUACAACUGUCAACCAUCCAGUCAGUGCACCUACACAAAACCUAUCCGCUUCCCCCACUACUGUCGCACAAACGACUCCUCCCACCUUAUCAUCAAAUUCAACACCAAUCAUAGCUGGAGCAGUCGUUGGCAGUGUCGCUUUGAUUUGUUUCGCAAUGGCUGCAUUCUGUUGUUUCCGUUUUCGCCAGAAGAAAAAGCAGGAUAGAGAAAGGAUGUUCGCUGAACCUGAAAGUCCAGAUCCUGAGACCAUCCAAUUUUAUAGUACGACGGGAAAAACAUUACAAGCGCCUAGUAGUACGAGUACAAGAAGUCCUGGAUUUUCUGGAUUGGGAUUGGGGGAUGUCUUCGCACCAUUUGGUGAAAGAGCUCGCGCCAAUAGCACUUCUCCACCUUCAAAAUCACCACCGGGUGCAACAGCAAUGAGCGAAUCUCAAGUCCCCGUCCCAAGCCACUCAAUCCCAACAAUUCACCCCUCACUCAUUCCCAGAUCCCAAGAAGAUGACGAGAAUGAAAGGCCACUCUCCCAUGACCCUGAAAAAUCAUCCCUAGUACCUCCUCCCGAAUCUUCACAUCCAGCUUUCCAUCCACUUCCAGUAAUGCCCAGUCCACGACCCGUACCUCGAUCCAACAUGGGCAUUACGAUGAGUGAGUUAGACGGAAGGGAAAUUGGAAGAAGAAGCCUUUCUGUCGGAGGAAGUGAGAGAAUGAGUGGAAGUGGAAGUGAGGGAGCUGUCAGUGCAAUGAGUACGCCCACACAUAGUGUGAUCCUGGGUCCGUCGACAAAUCUUGCUCAAGGACGGACGCAAGGAUAUUGGGAUCCAAAUGCGCCGCCCAAUCUACCUUUGUCUCUAUCUGGUCAGCCUGUACAAUCUCACCGUCGCGGAAACUCUUCAAAUUCCUCCCAUUCCUCUUCGAUCAAUCCAAACCCAGAUAUGAAUCAAGCACCGGCAUCUCAACACGCACAGAAUCAAUACUCACGCCAACAAGCACAGCACCAAUAUACCCAAAACCUAGCUUCAGCACGCUAUGGGAAAGGUAUAAAUGCAAGCACAAAUGAACAUCAAAAUCCAUAUCAAAUGUACAGAGAUAGUAGGGAACAUCAGCAGAACAUGGGAUAUCAACAUGCGUUGGUCAGAGCGCAGGAAGAACGUGCGAGAGCUCUUUCAGAAACCCAAGGCCAAGGAUACGGACAAGCCCAAGGACAAAGAAACAUGCAGAAAGGAAAAGGUCGAGAAAGGAUGAAUUCGACAAGCCAGGAAGUACAUUCAGAGGGAGGUGCCAGCAAGGAGUUAACAAGAGAAAGCAGCACCCACAGUAUACCCAUAGGACUCGCCUUGGAUGCGCGACCCAUUUCCCGAGAACCAGAACGAGACACAAAUCCACAUAAUGAAAAUGCACCGAUGCAGGUUCACGCCUCUCUAUACGGAAAACAGGAAGAUCUACCUCCACCUCUUUCACAUCGAGACUUCCAAGCCAAGCAAUCCAAUGUACCCAAGCAAACUUACCAAACCCAUCGUGCAAACACCGACUCGGUAUCUAGCAUUGGAUCUCCCAGCUCAACGUCUGCAAAUGUCGGGGCAUGGAAUCCAGAACCUGUGUAUACACAUCCGGGAUUUAAUUUUGAAUGUAAAAUCGUGGCGCCUACGCCUCCUCCUCAGGUGCCCGAGACCUCGUCCGGGACGGAGAAAAAACGAAAUUAUGUACUAAGUUGGUCUGAGUAUGAUGCUGGUGGAGAAUUAUCCAUUUCGCCUGUUUUGGAUGGGAAGGGGAAGGGGAAGGAGAUUGUUGAGUGAGAAGAAGGAUUAGGGAAUCGGAUUAAUAUAAUGGAUGGAGUGCCGAAAUGGAAGGAAGGAAUUGAGGAUGAUCUGAGUGAUGGAGAGGGAUGAUGAGGGAGUUUAUGUUUACAUUUAUGAAAUGCAUGAGAGCGGCGUUCGGAUUUGAGCAUUUAUUACAUACAUUGAAAUGAUCACUAAGACGAUCCAACGAGUUUGGAGAGGAGAAAUCGGGGAGGAAUAUAUCACAGCACAUUGUACAUACCUUAGCCACGAGCGGAAGCGGAUGGGAAGAAAACUAGCCGAGUACAGGCGAGAAAGGAGGAAGAGAAUAUACGCACGCUUAAUGGAUGCUCUAAGUUAAAUGAAGGCGGAGAACGAUGUGAUCAUGAAGGAGUAUUGACUUAGUACCAUAGUACGACGCAUGAAUGAGUUUCAAGUCGUGGAGCAGGGCGGUGGAUCUCAAAUGUAGAUAAUGAAUAGCAUAAUGGAUAACCCGAAACAAUAUACACCAUGGAGUGUUUGUGCAUGCGAGAGUGAAAUCUUCUGUGAUGGUGUCGACUAAUGGGUAGAUGGAGUAGGUGAAGUAGGUUGACUAGGUUUUGCAUAUCGAUUCGGAGAGCUCUAAGAUGGGAGGAAUGAGGAGGUGUAGAAAAUUCGAGGGUU